UCCCACGAAUGCCGUAAUGACGUAAUCUCUCACUCCAACUCCAAGGCGCAUCUCUCUCCUCUCUCUCUCUGCUCCAUUUCUCCCCGUCCCUGCAGCGCAUCGCAUCACCGCCUCUCGCUUUCCCCCCUAGCUUCUGCGUCCUCGAGGCGCGGACGACGACGACGACGACGAGAACCCCGCCACCGCCUAGAGCACCAUUGCUGAGCAUUAGGGUUAUUAGCUUCAAGUACAUGUGGCCUGCUGCUCGUUGAUUCUUACUGGCAAGGCUUAACUUCAGUCACUUUUUUGGAUGAAAGCCCUGGUUGGAUAUUCACAGGUGUAGCAUUGUAAUCAGUUUGUGAUUAACUAGCACUGCUUCACGUAAAGCACUGGAAAAUGGAUCGUAGAGAUACUUCAGGGUUUGUUAGUGGGGGAUGCAAGGAUAAUAAAGGGUGCUAACUACUCUAUAUGUUCUAACUUGGUAACUUUUUUGACUGUUGACAAUUAUUAAACCGGAAGUGAGGCCUGCUGGUCCUUAACCAUAAAGAUUGGUUGAGUAUAGGAGCAAUGGAACCGAGGUGUAGGAGCUCAGCAUUCACUAUAAAUUUCUCAAAUCCAAAUGGCUUCGGGAAUCAGCGCACUGUCAUUCCAGCGGCCAGCCAUCCAACAGCUGGUUCUAGCCAACUUGAUGUGCUAGCUCCUAGAGGGUACAAGAGAAAGUGGACUGAAUUGUCUCUAGGUCUGGGUGACUCAUCAAGCUCAGAUAGCAGCAAGCAGAGCAUGGGUACUGGCUCCACUGUUUCUUCUGCUAAGGGAAGCGAUGAAGGCUCGUGUAUGGAUUAUGACAUAACUUUUAAGUUAUCUCUUGGCAAUGAAGGUACUUCCAAGGUGCAUAAACAGGCUUGUGAUUCUAGGACGACUUUGGAGAAACCUGGGUUGGAUCUUAAGUUAUCUUUGGCACCAUCUCAAUCUGGUGUUACUGAUGACCUAAUUGGAACCACUGCACAUCAAGACAUAUUUGUGCAGCCACACAUUAUGGCUUUAGUGCCAACUGUUGAUGAAGGAUCUACAUCUGCUCACCGGCCAUCUGGUGGCGUGCUGCUUUCUUUUCUUAAUCAGGCUGACAAAUUGGCUGGGUUUUCUCUGAGCCAAGUGCUCCCAGUUAGCUCUAACCAGGUUCAAGGUCCAGCUCCAACACCAACACUGAUCCAAGUGCCAAAGAGUCCAGCAGCCUGUACUUCCGGGUCUGUCCAUCUGCAGCAGCACAGCAGUAGCACAAAAAUUUGUUCAUACCAAGGAUGUGUAAAAGGAGCCAGAGGUUCAUCAGGGCGUUGCAUUGCCCACGGUGGGGGUAGAAGGUGCCAAAAGGAAGGUUGCAACAAAGGAGCUGAGGGCAAGACCAUCUUUUGUAAGGCUCAUGGAGGGGGGAGACGCUGCGAAUACCUUGGAUGUACGAAGAGUGCUGAAGGCCGUACUGAUCUCUGCAUAGCCCACGGAGGUGGCCGACGUUGUAGCAAUGAAGGAUGCAAAAGAGCAGCGCGAGGGAAAUCCGGCCGCUGUAUCAAGCAUGGUGGUGGGAAGAGGUGCCAACAGCUGAACUGCACUAAGAGCGCAGAAGGGCGGUCAGGCUUGUGCAUUGCUCACGGAGGCGGGCGUCGCUGUGAGCAUGAUGGUUGCAACAAGGGAGCUCAGGGCAGCACUAAUUUCUGCAAAGCUCAUGGUGGUGGCAGAAGAUGCACACACCCUGAUUGUUCCAAGGGUGCUGAGGGAAGCACCCCAUUCUGCAAAGGCCACGGAGGAGGCAAACGUUGUUCAGCUGAAGGUUGUACAAAGAGCGUGCAUGGCGGGACCCAAUUCUGCGUUGCACAUGGAGGUGGCAAGAGGUGUGUGGUAGAAGGAUGCAAGAAGAGCGCACGAGGUCGGACCGACCGCUGUGUUGGUCAUGGUGGGGGCAAGCGAUGCCAGUCCGCUGGCUGUGGAAAGAGCGCUCAGGGAAGCACUGAUUUUUGCAAGGCACAUGGUGGAGGGAAGCGCUGCUUGUGGGGUCAUCCAGGAUCAGAUCUUGGAUCUGGUGGCCCUCCUUGUGACCGCCUUGCACGAGGCAAAAAAGGCCUGUGUGUUCAACACAACCCGCUGGUGGAUGACAAUAGUGUCCACGGGGGUCUGUCAUUUAGUGCUUUCAGUAUUAUCAGCAGUGCCCUUUCUCAUGGAGAUCGUCCUUCAAGCACCGAAGCAAGCAGGCAAAGCAUUUUCUUGCAUCCUGCGGAGGCUCCUCGUCGUGUAUCUGUUCCAGCUCCUGAGGGUCGGGUGCAUGGUGCUAACAUUCUGUCAAUGUUUGCUGAUGGUAUGAGCCUUGGAAACAAGCCGCCGACCAACAACGCCGAUGCUAGUACCUCCGCACCUAGCAACUGGAAAUCUGCCAACAUGGACCCUAGCAGCUCUGCACGCCGCAACUGGCUGUAAUGACUGAAUUCGCCACCUUUCCUCCCAUCUCGGUAGGCGAGGAUCUCCCAUGUCCUCUGGUGUGGAAGCUAUGGUAUGAUUGUGUGAACUAUGUGUCAUGAUGUGUCAGCACUGCUGCGUUAUAGCUGUGUGUGUGCCUUGUAGUAGGUGUCAUCUGAGCCUUGUAAUGGUGGUCAUGUGUGCUUUAUAGCUACCCCCUGUGAUGAUAUAAAUAAAAGGGGAAGGUUGCAUAAUAGAUAUUCGUGUGAAUUCUAGGUACUCUGUUGAAGGUCUGCUGUGCUCUCCAUAUAUUUUUUUCAAUAAAAGAAGCUUUAUUGGUCCUUAA